AUGGCGGGGGGCCGCAGCAAGAGGGGCGUCGUCAGCAGGGGCGUCGUCAGCAGGGGCGGCGACAGCAGGGGUGUCGUCAGCAGGGGCGGCGACAGCAGGGCGUCGGUCAGCAGGGGGGGGGGCGGCGGCAGCAGGGGCGGCGGCUCAGGCAGUGGGGGUGGCGGCAGCAGGGGCUCGUCAUCAGCGGGCGGUCGUCAGCAGGGGCGUCGUCAGCAGGGACGGCGGCAGCAGGGGGUGGGCGGCGGCAGGUCGGCGCCCAGUUGGCCCUCCGGCCCUAUCUGCCCUUUCCUCUAG